GCGUUAUCUUACACACACACACACACAAAAACACACUGUCUUUCCCUUUCUUUCUCUUAAAAAACUCUGAAAUUCAACGCUUAUUUCGAGCAACAGAAUCCCGCAAUUUAUCCAAAUUUCUGUUAACGGAUCUCACUUGGCCACUCAACAUUCAUCAUAAUAAUAUCUUUCCUCUCCUUGUAUUCUCUAAUUUUUCACUUCUAGGGUUUCAUUUUAUCUUCACAGAUCUACCUCAGUUUCACUUCUGAAUCUUGUAUAUAUAUAAAAAAAAUGCUCCGUUUCACCUCUUUCAUCCUUCAAUUUACCUUUUUAGACUGUGCUUAGGUUUUUGGUCGAUCUUACUGUUACUAUUCACCAACUCUGUGAGCCCGUCUUUGUUUUUCCUUAGUAAAUGGCUGCCUUGCAACGAGUGGCAUCAAGUGUGAGUGCCACUGCUAGUAAUUAUAGUUCUUGUAAAGGUAAUGGUGUUGUUACUGCGACUGCUGAUGUGGCGGUCUCUGAUCAGUUUCCUGCUGGUUUACGUGUUUUGGUAGUUGAUGAUGAUACUACUUGCUUGAGAAUUCUUGAGCAAAUGCUUCGCCGUUGCCUUUAUCACGUCACAACCUGUUCCCAGGCCAAAGUAGCUUUAAAUCUUCUAAGAGAAAGGAAGGGCUGCUUCGAUGUAGUAUUAAGUGAUGUUCAUAUGCCUGAUAUGGAUGGUUUUAAGCUCCUUGAGCAUGUUGGCCUAGAAAUGGACCUUCCAGUAAUUAUGAUGUCUGCCGAUGGAAGGACAAGUGCUGUAAUGAGGGGAAUUAGACAUGGGGCCUGCGAUUAUCUGAUUAAACCUAUACGUGAGGAAGAGCUUAAGAACAUAUGGCAACAUGUUGUUAGGAAAAAGUGGCACGAAAAUAAAGAAAUUGAACAUUCUGGAAGCUUGGAAGAUAAUGAUCGGCACAAAAGGGGAAAUGAAGACGCUGAAUACACUUCUUCUGUUAAUGAAGGAACGGAAGGAGUUUUGAAAGGUCAGAAAAGAAGGAGCAAUUCUAAAGAUGAGGAUGAUGGUGAACCGGAUAGUGAUGAUCCCUCCACAUCAAAGAAACCACGUGUUGUAUGGUCAGUGGAGCUCCAUCAACAAUUUGUCAGUGCCGUAAACCAGCUUGGAAUUGAUAAGGCUGUACCCAAGAGAAUUCUAGAAUUGAUGAAUGUACCUGGUUUAACCAGAGAAAAUGUUGCUAGUCAUUUGCAGAAGUUUAGGCUAUAUCUGAAGAGGUUAAGUGGAGUUGCUCAACAAGGUGGGAUUUCUAGUACAUUCUGUGGUCCCAUGGACUCGAACGUGAAACUUAAUUCACUUGGAAGAUUUGACAUACAAGCUUUGGCUGCAUCAGGUCAGAUUCCUCCACAAACAUUAGCAGCGCUGCAUGCGGAGCUUUUUGGCCGACCAACAGGUAGCCUAGUUACAACAAUGGACCAGCCAACUCUUUUACAAGCAUCCAGGCAAAGUCCGAAAUGUAUUCCUGUUGAACAUGGUGUGACGUUUGGUCAGCCAAUAGUAAAAUGCUCAUCCGGUAUUUCAAAACAUUUUCCACAAAAUAUGGUGUCCGUUGAAGAAGUUUCUUCAGGAUAUGGAGCAUGGCCUUCUAAUAGUCUGGGCACAGUAGGGCCUAGUACCAAUCUGGGCGGUAUGACUACUCAGAAUGGCAACAUGUUGAUGGAUAUAUUCCACCAGCAGCAGAAACAGCAGCAACCACAGCAGCAGCAGUCACUGGCAGAUCCCAGCCGUUCAAUUAAUGUGCAGCCAUCUUGUCUUGUGGUCCCUUCUCAAUCAUCAGCCUGUUUUCAGGCAGGAAAUAGUCCUGCUUCAGUUAAUCAGAGCAACUUUAACAGGAAUGUGGUUAUUGAUUAUAGCCUUCUGUCAUCUCAAUCAAAUAAUUCUGCAUUGAAUAUUGGACACAUACCUGAAGGGGAUUUAAAAACUACAGGUGCUGUUAAUGGGUAUUCAGCCCCUGGUUCAUUAUCUCCUCCAGCAUCAUCAUGCUCUGUCAAUGCUGACAGUGGAGUCCCUCGGCAAGUCCAGAACCCGACUCUAGCCUUUGGAGCUGUCAGGCAGUUACCAGCUCUUUCUCCUAAUAUUUUUAAUAUCCAGGGUUCUUAUGGUGUUAGGUCAGAUGACAUUCUUGAUCAAGGACCGUUUUUUAAGAAUCUUGGGUUUGUUGGUAAAGGAACAUGCAUUCCGAGUAGGUUUGCAGUGGAUGAAUUUGAAACACCCAGUAGCAAUUUGAGCCAUGGAAAACUCUAUGUGGAGAACAAUGACAAUAAGGUGAAGCAGGAGCCAAAUAUUGAUUUCACGGAUACUUCAAGAGUGGGCAUACCAGUGUUGCAGCAAUAUCCUCCAAAUGAUCUCAUGAGUGUCUUCACGGAAUAGGGUUGAGUUUGCGGUGGGGGCAAGUCGCAUGUUUGCCAUGGAAAGUACAUAUUGUUCUGUAUCAUUAAAUGGUUCAGAAGGGAUUCAAUCAAGUGCAAGUCUGUUAUUAUGGACUUAGUUUUAAGUGCUCGUCCGCUCUGUUGCAUUAUGGAGCCUCUCCAGAGUCAAAUCACCUUCAGAGAAAAAAUUAUACCCAUUCUGUAUAUUUUCUACUGAAGUGCUGGGGCGAAGCUCUACGUGCAUGAAGUAGUAGUUCCUUCUUUUCUGGUGAUAGUCUGUAGGGAAAAUAAAUAUGUAUUAGACUCCAAUAGCUUGAAACGAAGUCCCACGUGAUGGCAUCUUGCCAUCGUAGUUGUGUAGUUAUUUGGGUAUAAUGAUGAGGAACGCUAAUUUGUUUAUAUCAUGCAACUGAUUUAAAAACA